CCUAUGUUCAGCUCCGAGUCACCAGGGGGCGGUAGGUGAAGCUGCUGGGCUUAAAGGUCAGAGUUGACUCUAUGACAGAAAGCAGAAUAUGGAUUCCAUAUUUCAUGAAAAACAAGAGGGUUCUCUUUGUGCCCAACACUGCCUCAACAACCUUCUUCAGGGUGAAUAUUUCACAGCUGUGGACCUGUCGUCCAUUGCUCAUCAGCUCGAUGAAGAGGAGAGGAUGAGAAUGGCAGAGGGUGGUAUGGCCAGUGAGGAGUACAGGACCUUCUUACAGCAACCAUCGGGUAAUAUGGAUGACAGUGGAUUCUUUUCAAUACAGGUUAUUAGCAAUGCUCUGGGAGUAUGGGGCUUAGAGCUGAUCCUCUUCAACAGCCGCGGGUAUCAGCGCCUGAUGAUAAAUCCAAUAAAUGAGAAAGCAUUUAUUUGCAACUACAAAGAGCACUGGUUCACAGUACGCAAACUUGGACAUCAGUGGUUUAAUCUGAAUUCUCUGUUGACUGGACCAGAGCUGAUAUCAGACACCUAUCUAGCCCUUUUUCUUGCACAAUUACAACAGGAAGGUUAUUCCAUAUUUGUGAUCCGAGGAAACCUCCCUGAGUGCGAAGCUGAGCAAAUUCUCGGGAUCAUGAGAGUGCAUCAGCAGCAGCGGCCAAGGCUCAUUGGAGAGGAAGAGGCCCAGUCCAGUGCUGGCAGGUCAGCAGCUUUGGGCCAGAGGGAGAUGGGGGUUGGUCUGGUGGAGGAGGUUGUUGAUGAAGAUGAUGAGCUGAAAAAAGCCCUGGCACUCAGCAGACAGGACAUAGAUGUAGAAGAUGAGGAGGCUGAUCUUCGCAGGGCCAUACAGCUUAGCAUGCAAGGUGCAGCGAUGAGCAACGAGUCUUCAGAGCCUGAAGUGGCAAAUGUAAAGUUAAGCAGCCAGACUGAUGGACAGACUGAGAAGCUCACAGCUGAGGAAUUACGGAAGAAGAGACAAGCCUACUUUGAUCGGCAACAGCAAGUUGAGCCCAGCAUUCCACAAAAACCAAACGCACAAACAGGCAGCUCAGGACCAGAGAAUACCGGCUUGGGGGAGGACCAACAACAAAAACCAAGCCAGUGAAGGUGACAAAGGUUUACAUUUGCUGUUUAGCAGCUGCCUGGUUGGGCCACGCCUCUAAAGGGUAGCUUUGCUCCUUCUAACCUUUUGCACAUGCAAACAUGAGGACAGUCACACCAUUGACUUAUUUCCCCUGGACAGUUGGCUGACAGGUUGAAGUGAGGAGAACAGCAAGAAAGGAAAGGCCACCGUUAGGACUAUCUACGUCAUGACACGCUGAGUCUGGAGGGGGGCACAGGAUUCAGGAAGCGGUUAAUCCAAGUUUGCUGUUGCCUUUUUACCAUCACGCCUUGUAUUGCUUAUGUUUGAUGUUUUUUAUAUCCUUGUAUGAUUUGUUGAAGAGAUGAGACAGAAAGGUCUUCAUGCAAAUGAUGCAUUUAUGUUUGAAAACGGAUGCAAUGGGAUCCUGACUCACGUCCCGACCAGACCACCGAGGAUUUAGAAAUAGUUUCUUGCUGAGAUGCACUGAAAUGGACCAUUUCACCCAACGUGUGAUCGUGUGAAAAGAAAACACCAACACAGUGGAGCUAUUGUAGUGUCAUUUUUUUUUACCACCAACCAUUUAAAAGGCUUAUUUAAAAAAAAAAAAAAAAAGUACUCAUUUACUUGAGCUUUCACAUGAUCUCCUCUUCCUUAUUCCUUCGACUGCUCCCAUUAGGGGUCGCCACAGCAGAUCCCCAUUUUCAGAUUUUUUUUUUUAAUAACUUCAAAUCCAAAAUGUGUAUAUUCUUUAAUCUAAAAGUGCAAACAAAUCUCUACACCUUCUUACUAAUGUGGAAUGAUGUGUAUGUAUGUUUGCAGCACCUCCAAACACACAUUCACACACUGCCCAUAGGGUGGGGUUUUGCUCAUCAUGUAAAUGGACUUGAUACACACAAACAAACAAACAAACAAAAAAAUACCCUGGGAAUAGUUGUAACAAUGCGUUUAUACUUUGAGAUUAAAAAGCAUUUUUUUGUUUGUUUCUUUGUCCUGGGGAGGGCUUUUAAUACCCACUGUAAGUUUGCAUUAUGCAGUCAUUAUUACAUUUGCGUAUUAGCGUCUUAUGGUGACUUAAAGUCAGGAUGUUUUCUCCAUCAUGGGCAGAGGGUGAACAUAAUUCUUCAAGAACUAUUUGCACAGUGUAUCUUUUGUUUUUUGUUUUGUUUUUUUUUGUUUUGUUUUGUUUUUACCAAAUUUUUCAUAUAUUCUCCUUCAAUAAAAAUGCAACAAUGAACAGAAUUCAUGAUCUUGCUGACAAAUGGGCACAUUGUGCAUAAUUCUGCAACAGUCAGACCUAUCAGGUCUCACGCAUUUGGUGUGAGACUCAAAAUGUUGUCACACUCUCAUGCUAAUGCAUGACAUUCUCCCACAUUUCACCACCAUGACCUGCGUAUCUCAACUUGAGAGCUCUGCACAGUAUAAAUCAGGGGUCACCAACCCUGCUCCUGGAGCUCACCUGUUCUGCAUCUUUUCCAGCUCUCCCCGCUACAAGUGCUGCUAAUAACUAAGGUAUGGUCAGUCAGUCGAGACCAACAAAACACUGGAUUUGACUAUUCAGCAGUGGUUGCGGUGGGUCAACAUGCAGGGUGGGUGAUGCCCACGAACAGUAGAUCACUUUGAACCAAAAAUACCACCCAGCCAUGGUGUGACGUUGAGUAUACAAAGGCUUUAGGUCCUCGUCUUCAGCAUUCACCGAUAUUUUUGUCAGGAAUUCUUUUGAGAAGCAUCUUAAACAGUUGAUAGGUUUUCAUUAGUUAAACCUCUAAAACUACUGUGUGUUGAAUUUCACAGAUUUUACUUCAUUUGUGUUAACACAGCAGAAUAUUAUUCUUAAAGUUGCAUUAAUUUGCACUAAUGCUGUCAAAGUCCUGUUUGACCUUGAGAAAUAACAAUGGAAGAGCAAAAGCAAAGACUGACUGUUAUUUAACUGCACAACAUAUAUACUUUAAAUUCCAAAGACAUAAUUUUGUCAACAAAAAAUGUCACACUCUUUGAAGUGUUCUUGAUUUUAUUUUUUUUCUGACCGGUUUUAGUCACUCUCACUUUUAACUGACAAAUGUCAUUCAGUCCUGCAGAUGCCAACUUGAGGUUACAAUCGAGUGUUGAAGCGUAUACAUAAACGAAACAAAACAACUUUUACAGUCAUCUACUGUUGUUGUUUUCACUGUCAUUAGUACAAACUUUCAUUUUUGUUUGACUGUAUCUUUUAAAACGGAUGCCUCCAUAAAAGUGUUGGGUGUUUUUAUUAAGUUUGAAUUGUCAUCUCGUCAUUCCAUUAUUUCAUUAUUACUUUCCUUUGGGUUUAUUAGGUUUUUCCUUUAAAAUACACUGGUGAAAGAGUUUUAAAGUGUUGGUAGUUGGGAUUUUAUUUUAUUUUUUUCCACUCACUACAUUUUUACAGUAAGUACAAUGUAAUUAUUUUUUGAUUUAGCAUAGCACAUGCUUUUUAUUUAAUGUAUUAAUUCAUGUUCCAGAAUUAAAGUGUUAACUCAAA